UCCCUCUUUACGAUGGUUCUGGAGGCAUCCUAGACCAGCAGACCUUGCAGCUGCUGGACCAUCAUGCUUUGCAGCUGAAUCACAUGGUGACAGUGUUCCACACCCUGGCACUGCAGCCGGCUCCUACUACUGAACAAGGUCUGAAAGACCUGGAGACCAAGCUGACUGUUGUGACUCUGAUCUCCCAACACCUGCAAGUGGUUCUGUGGUUUAUUAGGAACAAGCUGCUGCCGGAAUGUGUCGAGGGUUAUGCACCCCCUAUGAGGGAGGAAUUUUGCUACAAGGCAGCCACACUGGCACAGAACUACAGAAACAGAAGGGCAGAGCUAGCCAGGAUAGUCGGACCCAGUGGUGACUCCGACCUGCUCCUGAUUGACGGCAUGGUGUCACAAGUGGGAGAGCCCAUCACCAACCUGUGGGAGAGGGAUGAGGGAGGGACAGGACAGUACCCACCCCCCAGCCUCAGAGUCACAUAUCUUAUUCUAGACAUUUUGUCCAUGAGUCAAGACCCACAGCAAGAAAAAUUUUCGGAACAGCUUGGGCUGUUCCCCAACUCGUUCUCCCUCCCUCUGGGAGUCAACAAACUCAUCCAGGGUGCCUGGCUACUGGACCACAAGGACUUCGAGGAAGCCUUGACAGUUCUGUUGGACCCUUCCGUACGGGCGUGGCUGUCUCCAUGGCAACACCAGCUGAUCCUCAAAUCGUUCCUGUACCAAGGGGAGUCUGGGAAGGCGCUACAGUACCUCCGUGUGUCCCAGCCGGCCAUGCACGGGCACGAGGGGGUUAAACUGCAGCUCACAGUCCUGCUGGCUAAUGGGUAUCUGGUUAACCCUCUGUCUGCUAAGCCUGUACUACAGUACCUCAGGGUGUCCCAGCCGGCCAUGCACGGGCACGAGGGGGUUAAACUGCAGCUCACAGUCCUGCUGGCUAAUGGUCUGACAGCAGAAGCGAUCCAGUUCCAGCAGAGUUAUCGUGAUGAGGGAAACACGGAGGAGCUUCUGGAGCAUCUGUUCCUGGGCUGCCAGCAGACAUUUACAGUGGACAAACUGCUGCAGCUGCCAUUUGAUGAUGUGGAACAGAAGUGCCUAGUGAAGUACCUCCAGGAGAGUCCAGAGCCGAACUCUGCUGAGCUGCUGCUGGUGUUCUAUCUACAGAGGGGACGGUUUGUGGACGCCGUGAGGCUCAACGAUCUGCUGAAACAGGAUGUCAUGAUGGAGCACGAUGCCCAGGCCCAGCAAAGAUCUGCCACCAGGAACGCCAUCCUGGAGACCUACAUGAGACUGUUGCCUGGUGUGCAGAGAAAGCUAUCCUUCGGGCCUGAACAGGCUGCACCCAGGACUCAACUCAUGAGGAGGGAAGUGUCCCGUCCCCAGCCCCUGUCUACUGUGCUGCACCGCGGUACAGAAGCUCGAGUGGUUUCUCAUGCCACCAUGCUGAACCUGGUGCUGAACAAGGUAGCUGAGGCGAGAACUCAGCCCUAUGAACCAACUACUCCAUUCAGGAGAAGACAUAUCGGUUCCCCACUGGUGACAGAGAAUGAGCCGUUUGUGGGAACUCCAGUCACACCACGAAGUGCACCAAGAGUCAGAGAGACGAGUAAGGUGAUCUACCCGACCCUGGAUGAAAUGGUGGCAGAAGCUCAGGAGGAAACACCUGUCAAACACCUGGUCUCACCUGGCCGACGCCCUCGCACCUCACCUGUAGGACUGCUGGAGAGACUCAGAAGACACACGAUGAACCUUGGUGCAGACGCCCUUUCCCUGCUGUCCACUCCCCCUGUAAAGCGUCGCCGGGCCUCCUACACCCAACAUCUACCCGAGGCAGCCCCCCAGCGCACCCCUCCCUCCAUCCUAAAGGUCCGCAAGGCUGUCAGGAAGUCUGUUAGCCCUCAGAGGGAGGCCAAAUCAAGGCAGGCGACAGGUUCUAUCUCAGAUUUUGCCAUGCCCACGCCACCCCGCUACCAGCGCAGAACCAUCGGUUUCGCUGAACCUCCCAAAGAGCAGAAAGAGACGCCCAGGAAAAUCCGGUUUGCUGCCGAAACCCCCGGGCUGCCACCCUCUCCUGACAUAGAGAAGUCGUCCCCUCUCCAGUUUGAGCCGCCGUGUUUUGAUGAGGAGAGAGAAGCCAGCCCGGACCGAGCCUCUCUGGAGGCCGUGGCAGAGGAUGAUGCAGUUGCCAUGGAGACCAUGGAGGUGGAUGAUGAGAUCACCUUUAACCUCAGCAGGGGAGACGGGCUGGCAGAGGAUGAGGAGAUGGAAGAUUAUCCCUCUCCUCCCAAGCCCAUGCGCCUCCUGUUGUCUCCUGCCACCAUGACCCCACCCGACACUCCGGAGAGCACGUCACGUCUGCCGGCCAAACCCGCCACCGUAGAGCUGGCCUCUCAGCCUGGACAUGUUUCUCCUGUAAAAGUGGAACCAACACCUGAAGUCUCAGUACCAGAGUCUACAGCUAGUGUUGCUGCCAAGGGAGUGAGGUUUUCUGCUGAAGAAGAAUCAGAAGUACAAGAACCAGCAACCCAGUUGCCAUCUGCUGUGGUGAUGGAAGAAGCUCCAGGAUUGGCUGAAACAGAGGCGACACCCACAGAAGCAGCCACCCUAUUGGUCGAGUCAUCUGCUGGGGUUAUGGAAGAAGCUCCAGGAUUGGUCGAAACCCAGGCAACAGCUAUGGAAGCCGACUCCACAUUGGAUGAGCCACCAAAGUCAGUUUCUCCACUAGUAACACAAUUGGCCGAAACAUCUUCAGUUCUCACAAACAUUGCAACAUCAGUUGAAGAAGAAACAAAGCCUUCAAAUCUGGCCGAGAGGGUUGUCCAACCUCAAGUAACUUAUCAAGCCAGUAGCAAAGAAGUUAUUGUGUCGACUGUAGUUGAAACAGAGCCUAAAGUUGCUACACCGACUGUAUCAACUUCAGAACCAACCCAGUCACCACGAAAGCCAAGCCCUGUGAAAGAAGCCGCGCCAUUGGCUGAGCCGUCGUCCUCGGUGGAUGAUACACCAAUGAGAGGGCAGGUUACAGGUGUGGAGCAGUUUAAACGGUCGCUGAGGACCAGAAGCCGGAGUCCGCUCAAGGCCACCAGAAGGUCAAGUUCAGAGGGCGGACUGGAAACGGAGGGGAGAUCUGAAAGGAGAGUAACCAGAGCCUCUUUAGCGACCAACAAGACGUUUACUGAGAUCGGUACCCAGUACCCGACCCCGGCCCCGCUGAAGACAGCCGCCGUCUCAGAACUCAGGGCAGCUGAGGUCAGGGUCAAGUCUGAACCUCAGGAGCUUCCACAGCAGGACAGGAAAGAAGACAGUGAGCAGACCCUGAGACUGAGCACGGAUUCGGAGCCAGAGGACACCACGACCUUCACCAAGGUCAAGGUCAAACAGGAGGUCCCAGAGCCAGAAAGCCACUAUGUGUUUUCACCACCGGUCACCAUGGUGCCCAGGUCUGAACAGAGAGGUAAGGACCACACCACCCCUGCGCAGGUGCCAAACUUUGUGUUCUCCCCACCGCUGACCCGGUCCCGCGGCAGAUCCUCCAUCGCACCGGCCGCACCAACCAGCACCGGGCGCAGUCACAGGAGUGUCAGGAAGACGAGAAAAGACGCCAGCCCUGUUCAGACCCCUCGAGUUGAGGAAGUUGCAGCAUCCCCAAAAGCUGCCUCCCCGGUGCCUGCGACCCCCCCGCCCAUGGAAGCUGUGGAGAGUCCGGAAAGUGUCCUGCGGAGUGGGAGGGUGGUGAAGAAGGAGACUCCGGUGAAAUCACCGACUGGGUACCCACACAGGAAGCCUCGUGGGGGCAGGAAGGCUGCAACCACCAGGACUAGGAUGAAGAAGCCGAAGUUGCCACACGUUGAGCCGUCGGACAGCCCCAUCAGUUUCAUCUCUCCCGUCCCGGAGGAGUCCCCGGCCACCAGAACUCGCAGCCGGCGCAGGGUGGUCAAAAACCAGCCGCAUCCCAUGAGCCUCAGGCAGAAAAAAGCACCCAAAAUCUAACAGCUCCUCUUCUGUAGGAAAACAUUAAAAAAUGUAUUUCCUGUAGCAAGAAAUAAAUUCCUGUAUCAUGUUGCUGCCAUGAUACAAGAAAAUUAAUCAGUUGUAUCCUACAUGAGUGUGAUGGAAAACCAACCCCAAACAUGAAUCUGAGGCAUGAUAAAACACCCAAACUCUAGUCUAGCACAGAUUAUUAUUAUACUGACAUUAUAAGAAGUAACUUAAAGAAGAAGUUGUGAACCAUCUAUUUUAUCCUAAGUUUGGUAAAAUUAGAACAGCCCCUAAUAUUAGUCUGAGGCAAUAAGAAAGCACCCAAACUCUAGACAGAUACAUAUUGCGAUACAAGAAGUAAUUAUUUGUUGUAUCCUACCUAAGUUGGGGGGAGAAAACAGCACCAAAUCUCAGUCUGAGGCAUUAGAAAACACCAGACCUCUAGCAUAUGUACAACAGUUACUACUUGAUUGUAUUACUGUCUGUUUUUGUAAGAAAAGAACUGUUGAAAAGAACUGUCAGGCUCGAACUGUAUCAUAGGUGUGAUGAAAAACCAGUCCCACUCCAUUAAUCUGAGUCAGAAUAAAGCACCCAAACUCUAGCAGCUGAUAUACUGUACAUAUAUUUGUACUGUUGCAGAAAAGAACUUACAGAAUAUCCAGGAAAAGUGGUGAAUAUCUAUUGUGAGAACAGAGUACAUGUAUGUAAGAGUUGCAAAUCAGCGCUUAAACUCUAUCUACUUAAGAACACAGUUGUUCUCUUUGCUACAUCAAAAACAUAAUGAGAGGUGGCAGAGGGUUUGCUACAAGUACUGUAACAUUAAAUGUAUAAUAUUAUCAUAUCAUUAUCCUAGUCUAUACAUGUAUGUAGCCAGACAAGUUGUCACACAUGCUAUGUUGCGAGGGGUACAUGGAAAGGUUGCUGAAUACAAAACAUUGUGCUGUAACUAUUCUAUCGUCUUUCUUCCUAUUAUUUUCUGCUCAUGAAUUCAUCAACAAAUGUCAUUAUGGAUUUGGAAUCUAGAAAAACAAUUAAGAACAAGCUACUUGUCUUGAUGAUAUGGGAGAGAGUUAGUGAUAUUAUGAAAUCCUUAUAUGUUAUGGAAAUGCUUGAUUGAAAGGGAUACUUAUUGAAAAUUUGAUAAUGUGUCUUGAAUUUUUCUUACAU